AUGCCGUCCGCCUCUAAACGUCCGAAACCGAAUGAUUCUCCACGAUCUCAAGACAAUCAGCGAGUUAUUUAUUCGUGUCAAAACACAGUUAACGAUGAUGUGAAUGCGUUAUGCUAUGAUCGUUGUAAUAAGUGGUUUCACACUGGCUGUGUGAAUGUGUCCAUUCCGGCAUACAAAGCGUAUCAGACACUUGCUGAUGAAAAACAAUAUUCAGACUGGUUCUGUCCCUCUUGUGAACCUGCAGCCAGAGCCGAUUUACCGCCGCCUCAGUGUCUCCAAAUGUUAGUGGCGAGAAUUGACAAAAUUGAGUGUCAGUUAAUCGGAAUUAGUGAUCAACAACAACUGAUUACUUCAUGA